AAAAAAAUUAAUUUGAAAGAACCAUGACACAGACUACUCUAUGUCGCCUCUGUGAAAUAUUAUGAAACUACAGUGAAAUAUUUCGAUCCGAUGCUUCUGAGCCUGGAGCAAGAAAAACAGCCGGUUAUAUGCGAGGUGUGCUGGCAACAUAUUGAUGAUUUCAAUAUCUUUCAGAGGUCGGUAAUACUUGCACAGACAAAGUUAAGUGAAUACGCCACAAAAACAGAGGCUAUUGUGAAGACCGAAGAUGAUUCUUGUUUUGAACCACCCGUAUCGGACAUACCGGAUUUUGCAGAACAUAUUGUAGAUCCCGUUAGUGAAUGUAGAACUCUUACCGACGCUAAUAUUAAUGAGGAUGAAAAAGAUUUCAUGGGGUUUUCAGCUGACUUCGAAAUAUUUGAUGGACGUAGCGAUUUGCAGUUUAGUUCAGAGGAUGAAAAACCUUUAUUGGAAUGUUUGAAAACGCGAAACAAAAAAUUUCCCAAGAUGUCUACUCGCAAGAAGAGGGAGAAACCUAAGGGAAACCAAGCUGCCAUUAAAAUUCCCAAAAAAAAAACGUGGCAGGAUACCUUAAGCAGAAUCAUUAAAGAGUACAAAGUCUUCCAAUAAGGAAAGAAAGGAAAAAAUAUCAAAUGAAAGUAUGGAGAGCAUAAACGAUAAUCUCCUCAAAGAUUUGAAGUUGGAGGAUUCAACAUGUUCAAACGAAGAAAUGGAAGAGAGAAAUGGUGAGAAGUUACUCGAUACAAGUUUUGGAAAGAGAACAUCGAAAGAAAUCGAUGAAUUCAUAGUCCAAUGGAAGCAAGACUUAGAUUGCUACCUAUGUAGUGGAACUGCACCAAGUAUGUUGCACUGAGACAACAUUUUCGAAAGGAACACCAUAAUAAAAGAUGCUACGUUCUUUGCUGCCUACGUAAACUCAGUCGUCGACAUCAAUUGGAAGAACACAUUCGAGUGCACGUUGAUCCUGGAGCCUUUAAAUGCCAACUUUGUGGAAAAUGCUGCACCAACAAAAGACAAGGACAGGAACGUUUCUUUGAAUGUCCAAUAUGUCAGAAACGUUUUGCAAAGAAACCUGUAUGGGAGAGGUAUAUGGAAAUUCACGAAACCAAUAAAGAUCACGUUUGCCAAAAAU